AGGCUUAUAGUCCAUUGUUGCUAAAUUAAAAGCGCCAGAAGAUACGGGAGCAUUCAACGCCUAAAGCAAAUACAAGUGUCAAAUGGAUCUAAAUAUCCAUUCACCGAUGCACAAACUUUUGAGGGCUGGUGGGCACUGGCAAGUGAUUGUGUCACUUGGACUUCUGUUUGUUGUGGUGCUGUGGUGGUCAUUCAAUAUUGGAGACACUAAAGAGAAAGACCAUGAGUCUGACCUGCCUUGGUACAAACACAUGUCUCUCCAGCCACAGCACAAGGACCGAGCCGACAGACUUGUUAACAAAGCACAAGCACAAGCACAAGCGUUCAAAAUCCCAGAGGACUUGGGUGCAGAGGAGUGGGACCGGAUACAGAGAGCCGUUCAGUGGGGUGGACCGGACCAGCAGGUUACCACUGUAAACAUGAGCACCAGUCCAGACCACACCACCUUUGUUAUUAAUAACUUUAAGGACAGUUACUCUGUGGGAGAGGAGCUCCAUGUCACCAUUGUUGCCAAGGACUUCACUGGAAGGCCGAAAACCUAUGGAGGAGAUUUCUUCAAAGUAAAGGUUUAUUCACCCAAAUUAAAGGCUAGUGUGUUUGGAGAGGUGCUGGAUCAUCAGAAUGGCACCUACUUGGCCCGGUUUACCCUACCAUGGGCGGGUGAGGCAUCGGUGGCGGUCCUCCUGGUUCACACCAGUGAGGCUGUAGAGAUCCUCAAGCGACACCGGGAAACAGACCCCGACCGUGGCUUCUACUAUGGCUACUUUGUGGGCAAGAACUCUCAGGGUGCUCAAGUGGAGGAGCAGGAGGCCUGCAACGUCAAAUGGGAGGGGGUGGCACUGCCUGGCGAUGGGCCCUGCUGCUGUGAAUACCCAGAUUUAAAGGCAAAGCUGACGUGGCACUGCCGUAAACCCCCAACUCUGCCAUGCAACACGCUGGUGUACCAUGGUAUGGGUACCCAUUAUGUGAAUCACUGGACAGACCUUGAGAAGGCAAUCAUGGCCGGGCAAUACGUGCAGCGUUGGAUCAAGGGUGAUUCACGUGUAAUUAGAGUUAAUGCCUCUAAUUCAACUAUGGGACAGAGAGAGCGAUGUAAACCUGGAAUGCCCACACCGAUCCCAGCAGGAUUCUACAUGGAUGACGUUUGGACGUCAUUUGUGUGUGCCACCCGUCAUUUUAACGCUGCCAAUGACAAAACUCAGUGUUUGAGGAACAAACACAUCUACAUGAUGGGAGACUCCACUCUCUUACAGUGGUACAACUUCAUCAUCAAUACCAUGCCAAGUUUCAGGCGCAUGAACCUACAUACCCACUCCCACAAUGGGCCUUUUUUGGCUGUGGAUCUGGGGAACAACAUCGACCUGCACUACCGCACGCAUGGUGUCCCCCGACGCAACCCCAAGGCCACGUUCACAGAUAUGCACUACAUUAGUAACGAGAUCGAUGGCAUGGCUGGUGGCUCACAAACUGUUGUCAUCUUCAACAUUUGGGCGCACUUCAAACUAUUCCCACACUCCUACUUUGCCCACCGGGUGUCCCAGAUCCGCCGUGCAGUCGUGGACCUCUUGAGACGUGCGCCAGCAACCAAGGUCAUCAUCAAGACAGCUAAUACAGGAUUCCCGGAUUUCGGUAGCGUUGACUGGCUAUCCUUGCAGCUGGAUCGAAUCCUGCGUGAAGUGUUCCGUGAUGUGGGAGUUUACAUCCUGGAUGUGUGGCAGAUGACCUCGUGUCACUAUAACAGAGAGGACGUCCAUCCUGGCCCAGUGAUCAUCAGAAAUGAAGUGGACCUUCUUCUCUCUUUUAUCUGCCCCGCAUAAGGAUGAUUAAGGGGCCCACAUGAUAUAUAUAUAUAUAUAUAUAUAUGUAUAUAUACAGUGGGGAGAAAAUGUAUUUGAUACCAUGCUAAAGUUGCCAAAAAAGAGGAAUAUAAAAUCAUCAUUUGACAAUAAAUCUUAAUGUCUUAAUUAAAAAAAAUGAGAAAAAUAAAACCGUGAAGUACACCAAUUUUCUUUGUGAUUGAAGAAUGUAUCGUAAAUAAAUAAAUGUCCUUCCUAAAUGCUAGGGGAAGGAAGUAUUUGACCCCAUAUGUAACUCUAUGGGAAUUUAACACAUAGAUUUAACAGGCAGAUUUUUAUUUUUUAAGGCCAGCUAUUUCAUGGAUCCAGGAUUAUGCAUCCUGAUAAAGUUCCCUUGGCCGCACUCUCUACCUACUUUUAUGCCACUUACCUUUUCUGAUUGGCGGAUCUUCUGUGCCAGUGGUUCAAUAGCCAGAGCAAACAGUGAAGGGGAUAGGGGACAUUCCUUGUUCCUCUUGUGAUUUGGAUCUUCUCUGACAAAGUCCCUUUGAGAAGACAUAGGCUGUAGGUGUCUUGUAGAUAGUCUGGAUAAUUUUUAUUAUUUCUUUUGGGAAAUUGUAGGCUUCCAAUACUGCAUAGAGAUAGGACCACUCAUGCCGAUCAAAUGCUUUUUCUGCAUCGACUGCCAUUAAUGUUGGAUCCUUUCAUGUUGUUUUUCCUUUUUAGCAAACUAUUAAUGAUAUGCUCUUACAUUACUCAUUAGGUUUCUACACCUUUGUAAUUAUUUUAUUAUCACCGUUGAGUAGUCUAAUUGUCUAAUUGGUUUAAUACAUUCUCUUACUGGUUUAGAGAUUACAGUAAUAAGUCUGGUACAUGGAUGGAGGGAGUGUGUCCUUGGGACUAACAUAUGAUAUUACUUCCAUAAACAGUGAUUUUGCUUGUGUCCAAAAUGUUGCGUAAAAUUCUACUGGUAGUCCAUCCAUACCAGGCGCAUUACCUGCUAAAACAGGAAUAUAAAAUCAUCAUUUGACAAUUGAUCUUAAUGCCUUAAUUUAAAAAAUGAGUAAAAAUAAAACCACCAAGGACACCUUAGCGGUUUUAUUUUUACUAUUUUUUUUUUAUUAAGGCAUUAAGAUCAAUUGUCAAAUGAUGAUUUUAUAAUCCUCUUUUUAGGCAACUUUAGCAUGGUAUCAAAUACAUUUUCUCCUCACUGUAUAUUGCUGCCUUCUUGCUUGUGUUCCUCUGAUAAGUGUUUUAUACUCACAGUUUCCAAAAAAUUGUUGUCUUUAACAUCAUAUUGUUCCAAAGAGUAUAAUUUUUCAUAAAAUGAGGCAAAUUGUUGAUUAAUCAUUUUGUUAAGAUAAUCAUUCAUAUGUUAAGUUAUAUAUGUAAUAAAUUCUUCCUCC